UUUCAUCAACAAAGAAAGCAGAAACAUAGAGCAGAUGGCAAAACUAGGUGGUAUUUUGUGGCUCGUCACCGUGGUGGUAGCUGCCUUUCCACGAGCCCAAAGCCUCCGUGUAGAGAGUUGGGCCACCAGGCUUGAAGCUAAGAAGGAGACAUUGACCAACCUUCAAUUCUAUUUCCAUGACACGCUCAGUGGCAGGAACCCAAGUGCCAUCAGGGUGGCUCAAGCUGCUGACACCAACAAAUCUCUAACUCUCUUUGGAGCCGUUAUGAUGGCGGACGAUCCACUGACCGAGGGGCCCGAUCCAAACUCAAAGCUCCUGGGUCGAGCCCAAGGACUCUACGCCUCAGCCUGCCAGGAAGAUGUAGGCUUGCUCAUGGCAAUGAGCUUCAGCUUCACUGAUGGCAUAUACAAUGGUAGCUCCAUCAGCAUCCUCGGCAAGAAUCAGGCUCUGGAUAUGGUUAGGGAGAUGCCAAUUGUUGGAGGAACCGGCCUCUUCCGGUUGGCGCGGGGAUAUGCGUUGGCUCACACCUAUUGGAUGGAUAUUACGACCGGUGAUGCUAUAGUUGGGUACAAUGUCACGGUUGUUCACUAGGUCAAUUGAUACAAUAGAUAUGGUUGUCUCCCUUUUCUUAUGCGUGUAUGUAUUUAAUAAACUUUCAUAAAUGUU